CGCCAAUGGCGACGCGGUGCGCCGCGCGUGCUUAUUUUCAAGCGCGACGAGGCGUUCCCGGCAGAGAAAGACGCGCGCGGUGUGAGCCUCUGCCCAAUAGCCGCGGGCAGUUAAGAUUGACGCGUCCGCUGGCCAAUGACAAGGCAGACGUGCGAACCGCGCUCCAAUUGCGAGGCUCGGAGGGCGGGCCCCGCGCCCGAACACUCGGCGGGAGAAGAUGGACUUGAGGCGGCAGCUGCAGAGGGUGUUCCAGGACCCGCAGCCCACCGGGACCAUCGUGCUGGAACGACCACCCGCCCCUGCCGCUACGACCUGGGUCCCGCUGCCGUCGCCCCUGCCGCCGCCUCCUCCGCCGCCGCCUCCUCCGCCGUCGUCGCCGUCUUCCUUGCCGCCGGCCGCGGUGCCGGCGUCGCCGCCGCGGCGGAAGGGUCCGCUGCCGGAGGAGUGCGCCGUGUUCCACUGCUGCGGCUGCUGGACGGUGCUGGGCGACUCGCUGCAGCUGUGCGGGCAGGAGCCGCCGGGGCUCAGCGUCCUCGUCUGCUUCAAAGUCACCAACGACGUGACCAGGGAGGACUCGCUGUUGGUCGGCCUCGAGGGAGCCCUGCUGGGAUGUGCUUAUUAUUUAUUAUCCUGUCGGUCAUGUGGCUUGGCUGUGGGCUUCGUUCUUGAGUCUUCUGUCAGUGACCUGGCAUAUCUCCGAGACUUGUUCUGUUUCUUCAAGGACAGCAUCAUCUGUUACCUCUUAAAAAACCAAAGGAUUGUAGAAGCUUCUAAGGUGAAUUUUCCACCUGUGACCUUAAAGGAACACAUGACGAAAGUGAAAGAAAAGCUUGUGGACUUCAACCGUCGCAUAGAAGAAGCGAUAAGGAAGCUGGAGAAAAUGGAAGAAAAUAAUUAUGUAACAGAAUGGCAAAACUCUUCAACUGAUCCAGAUGACCUACUACCAGGACAUGCAAGAGUUAAUGCCAACUAAUACCCCUUUUCAAGAACUGUUGGAGUUGAAAAAGUUCUGCAUCUCUGCUGAGUUUAGUCAUUACAAAGAAAUAAUACACCAGACCAGGUCUGAGCAUUGAUCUGUCACUUUGUGUGUGGAAAGAACUGAUGAGGAAGAAUAUCCCUUCAGGGGAACAUCUGCAUAUCUGACAUACUGAAGUUAUGCUUGGAAGAUUGAAUAGCUCACUCAUGCAGCAUGUCACUCUCUGAGGCUGUGUAACUGUGGGUUUGGUUUUUCUAAUGACUUCAGGGGGAAAACCAGCCUUAUAAGUACUUAAGUCAGGUUUCUGGAGCUAUGCAAAACAUACUUAAAAAGGUGAUGAUAUUCAAGAGCCACCAUUACAAACUGAACACUCUUAGAGACCUAAAGUUCUUGUCCUACCUCUUAAUACAGACACAGUGUUAAUGGCAGCCUUUGUUUUAAUGGCAGCUAGUUUCUGGUCAAGUGGCUCAUUAGCUAUAUCUGAUAUGUGAGCCACUGCUAAAUGAACUCCUGAAUAAUUUUGAUUUUUGCUUGUGUGUGUUGCCUUCAAAAGCAGCAGAUAAGCACGUCACAGAUACUGCAGUGUUCUUAGUGCAUGAGUCUGGAUGGCACCGUGGAGGCAGAACACAAGGUUUUGGAUUUCAGGUAAAGGGCAACCCACGUGCCUGCCGUGUCUGCUGAAGGGCAGUCCUGUUCCUGGGGCUGAGUCAAAUUCUGCCAGCUAAGGCUGUGAGCAACUGCUUUGAACAGAUUUGAACAUUUCUUUCUGGAAGAUCAGCUAAGAAACCAAGGAAGUCUGCACGAUCAAUGAAGUAGUGCUUUCCUGCAGUUAUCAUUUGCCUGUUGCCUUCAACUGGCCAGUUAAGACAUUUCAUAAAAAUACCUCUCAUGCCUCAUUGGCAUUUCUCUCUGUUGAAAAUUGGUUCUGCUUAUUUCUAAAUGUUUAGAGAAAUAAUUUUAGAGAAAAGAAAGCACUACUUACCCUUUGUUACUGGGACAGAAUAUUCCUAAUUCUUGUUUGUGGAAGGUUAAAGGCCCUUUUCCUCUCUUUUUCUGCCUAAAGGGCUAAUGUUUUUCCCUAAGGGAAUAAUGAACUUAAUGGAAAGUUUAGUAGUUGUCUGUAGUAGUCUAGAGAGGAUUCUAUUUACUUGAUCAGUUUAAUUCCAGUGAUUCAAACUGGCUUCUUCCAUAUAUAUAACCAGCAGGUUACAGACAUCAUUGCUGCUGCUGCUAGUUCUGUGUUUUGUCUUAUUUAUAACUCAUAAUGGGCUUGGAGCAGAGGGGACAAAACUCACUGUAAGGCAUCUCAGAGGUUUUAGGUGGGCAGCUGGUACUUAGGCUAGUACUAAUGCUCACUGUGCUGCUUUCUGUUUGGGAGUUCUCUAUGAUCUCAGUUCAUUGUAGUAAGCAAAACCACAGAGUAUUAACAGUCAUUCUGCAAGGAGAGGAGGGGCUCUCACAAAUUCUGAUACCACCAUUGAAGUACUUCCUUAGUGCUUGUGUUGUUGCAUGAGUCUAAGAAAUGUGAUUGAAAAUGGGACUAUUUGAUUUUGCCCUUUCAUUCCUGAUUUUUGCUAUUUUCUGUCUAUACUAUGGAUAAUGCUAAAUUGUUUUGCUUCAUUAGUGUUGAUCCCAAAAAAAAAAAAAGCUGUCAGUUGCAUUUUUGCAUUAUAUUUAAAGUUGUGAAGAAGGAACUUGUUAAAUAAAAGGUGAAAUUCAGAAAUUCAUAUUGUGCAAAUCAUUAUGUGAGUCCUAGGCCUAUUUCUUUUCCUUUGAUUAAUUUUGCAGAAAGAAAAACAUCACUUCAUCUUGCUUUGGUCCUCAUUUGUUAUGAAACAUCAAAGUAAUGGUUCCUCAAAUUAUAUUACUUAGCUUAGCUUAGCAUGGAUUCAAAUAGUGAGUAUGUGCUGAAAAAUAGCUGGUUAAUUUUUAAACUGCACUUCUCAAAUCUUUGAAACUGGAGGACCUCCACCAACCAAAUUUUUCAUAAGUGUAGUCAUCAAAACAAUAAACACUACAUACAUAAAGCAGUUUUCUGAGGAGCCUUGUUAUUCUUAGGCAAUCAAUACAAGAAACAGCAGGUUUCUGCUACCCUCUAAAACUGCCCUUGAAGCUCUUACCUGAUAAGUUAAGCAUCUUAGAAUGAGUGGGAUAACAAUUUUUAUUUAGCUGCUGUUUAAGUCAAAAGCUCUUGUGCCUGAAGUCUGCUGGGACAGCUGACCCCAAAGCAGAUAUCCAGCAUAUUUUAAUUCAGCUCAAGUUGAUAAGUUUUGACAAAGCUACAGCAAGUACACCUCAGAAGUGGAAUGGAAUGUACAGUAAUUUGAUUAAUUUGUCUCUGAACAGAUGACACAUCCAGUUUUAGUGCAUUCUCAGCCUGUGCUGCUUUAUUGCUAAAAAAAUUUGUAUACAGGUGCAGAGUUUCCAGGUUCAUUUUUAAACAGUUCCUCUUUACAGUGUCAAAAGAAUAAAAUAUUAUCUUGAAAUCCUCAAAGAUGCAUAGAUAUAAAAGCAAGCUGCCUUUUGGAAAAAAAUCAGAAUUUGCAGGGAGACAUUCUUUCACUGUUACCAUGUAAAACAUGUGCAAUGGGAGUACAUAGUUCGUAGUCACACCAAUAAUUUCCUCCACUAAUUCAUACAAGAAUGCUAUCAGAAAUUCAGUAUAAUUUAGCUUAUUAAGUACUAAGGUAAUUUUUUGGAAUUUCUACCUAAUACUUCUCCUUUGCUGUUAUAUUUUUCAAAAGGAAAAUAACUUCACUGACAUCCUGAAGUAGCUUAUUCCCCAAGUUAUACUGAGGGGAAAUACAAAGGAUACAAUGGCUUACUCAUUACAAAAAAAUAUUUAACACAUUUUAAAACCAUGCAUAGUGUUCUAAAGAAUUAAAAAUGACCACGGUUAACCACUGGACUAAAUUUGUCUCAGGAAUUUUCUUGUUUCUUGUUGGCUCAAAGACUUUUAUUCAGUCUAACUUGUGAUACCAUGGAAUAGUUCUCUUCUCUUAUAAUAUCCCUAUCUUCGUUUGGCAAUCCUUACAUAUCUAAACAGAGCAUUAAUGGGUAAAAACCACAAUUACCAUUCUAAACCCAAAACACAGUGCUUUAUGAAUGGCUGGCUAUGAAGUAUGAACAGGAGUUAACUUGACACACCUUUUCUUCCUCCAAGACACUUCUUUUUUAUUUAAGAGAGAGGACUGAGCCUCUGUACAUGGAGAAGUGUUCUGUACAAGUUAAGCCCACAAAAUUAAGCUAAGCUACAAAUAUGGAAUUCUGCAACAACAAGCCAGUAUUCUACAUAUUUAAUUACAGGUUAAAACUUGGAAAAGUAUUAGUGAUGUAGGCUAUGCCACACAUUCUCUUAUUUUCAAACUGCCAGCAGAAAUUGACUGCAUUAUCCACUAAGAGACUUGAAUUACAGAGAACACACUAAGAGUUUACAGAAAGAUGGCAUCCAAAUUCCCUUUUAUUUAAUAAGUGAAAUAAAGAAAAAAAGACAAUUGCAACCUCUGUUGCAGAAGAUAAAGACCUUCAGUGAUCAAAUCUCAUUUUCUGUUUUUAAAAAUCUCUUUAAAGAACUUAAAAAAUAUACAAGAUUAUCAGUAUUUUCAGGUUCAUUCCUGCAGAUGCCAUUAUUGCUGGCUGGUACCAGUAUGCUUCAGUACAGCUGCCUAUGUGGCUAGAGUUACCUGAAAAUACUGUCUAUUAAAAAGCUAUUCAACACCUGAAAAAUAUGUACUGUGCUUUUUAAUUUCAGUCUUCUCCAAAUAAUUUCUCUCACCACACUCAAGUUUAUUACCUACAGUCUGGCAAAUACUACACUCAAUUUGAGUCUGUGGUUUCUGUUACUUGUUUGUUGGCUUGGGUUCUGGGGUGAUUAUUUUGUGGGUUUGGUUUUCUUUCUUUCCCACCAGUCGGUCCCCCUGCACUGUAAGAAACUCUGCACCCUUUUCCUUGCUACAGCUGCAGCAGGUGAGAAACCUCAUCUCGCCUCUAAACAUGCUUAGUUCAUGCCCUGCUUUUUACAUGCUCAGGACAGUGAUAUGAACCAGACAAGAGGUUAUAAAGGCGAGUUCUGCUGAUCCUGGUUCCUGAUUUACAGUUUUGGUGCCAUGCUUCUGCCCCUAUCUAUACAUUCUGCCCCCUUCUCUACAGAGGCAGCACAUUCUCUAAAAAAACCCCAAAAUUU